AUGGCCAAUAAGGGAAAGAAGCCUGAGACAGAGCCCCGCAAAAUCUGCUUCGACUUCGCAAGACGUAUCUCAGCUGUCCAGGCAAUUUCCUCUGAUCUCCACGCAGAUCAAGCAUUGUCCAACUCUCUUACAUCCACAGAACCAAAGCACACCGAACGACUACAAAGGAACAAGCGAUGGACUUGUGGUCUCGCACACAAUGCGACACUACUGUUGUGGAUGGUGCCACAAUUCAUGGGUAGUAUUAAAGGCAUCAAACCAGCUCUGUCUCUUAAUCACAUCAUGGCACCUACUCCCAUCUCAUUCAGAUUUAGCGACCUUCCAACUGAGCUCGCUCUCAUCAUAUUCAAAUAUGCUGCACAACCAGAUUUUACUCAACCUAACACUUGGCUUGCCAAAAAUUCAUACUCAUCCGCCCUUGCACUAUCUCUCGUCUCCAAAAUUGUCAGGCGCACUGUGCUUCCAGAACUUCUGCACACAGUGUUAUUGCCAGAAGCUCGCCACGUGGCAGCUUUCAUACAGGCUCUACGUAUGCAGAAAACAUACGUCGAUCAACAACAGCAUGAUCUAUCUCUUGAUUACACAUCUCACGUGCACAGGAUGUGGUUCGGAUAUGUUUAUAGGCCUUUGUCAAACCCACAGCCUACCUUCAUUAGCAGCUCUAUCCCUUCUGCGACUAAGCCUGACUUAGAGUCAGAUGUCAGCUUGCUGGCUCCGGUAAUCCUCGCCGUACCGUCCCUCGCGAUUGAAUGUGCGAGCUUGUAUAUACUUUCAGAUUGCCUCAAGUAUGCGUGUAACUCCGAUGUCGACUUGAAUGUCGACCACAAAGAUUCCCCGCUUCCUUGGAGCACGAAAAGUUUGACGCUAUCGGGUGAUGUCACUGCUUCUCCAUGGUGGCCCUUCAUAGGGACUAUCCAUGGAUAUACUUUCCUCACUUCCAUCCAACACCUCACCCUACUUGCUCCCUCACCCUACGAGGUGCCUUCGUGGAUGGCACGGGCUCCUUUCAAGCAACUUCAGACAUUUUCGAUGCUCAUUUCACACGGGGAACCUCCGGUCGCUGAAUCUGCCCCUACGUGUAGUGCCACAACGACACGGGUAGAACUGGUCACGUUCCCUGCUUCCCUACUGCCGGACCAUUGGACAUUCAAGGAAAUCAGGGCGUAUAUAGAGAAUGGGGUGGGGACCAUGCCAACUGUUCCACUACCAGUGCCCCGUUCUGGCAAAUUGUGUACGCUUUGUCUGGAUUGCCAGAGUAUUUGGGCAAAUGGAUGUGAGGGCCCCGGGCAAAUGGUACAAGUGCCAGACUGA